UGAUUCAGGUUUGACCCGUUUGCAGGUUUCCCCGCACGUUUCCUCCGCUUGGCAUCGACGGGACCGUUCGUCAGUCGGCUAUUUAACAAAAAAAUCCCCCAGAAAACAUAUGGAAAUAGCGAGAACGCAGGGGGACAUCUCUCGCGGACACGUGCUCCUCUCCUCUCCCCCUCCUCAUAUGAGUUUUUGAAGAGGGAGGGCAGGGCAGCUUCCUCAUCUGGCGGUCGGAGGCGCACAGCUCCCUGUGUGAGCCAUGACUCUGAGCUCAGAGAUGUCGGAUGCCUCCAUCCUGUCGGAAGAGACCGACAUAGACGUGGUGGGCGAAGGGGAGGAUGGAGACAACCACACGCGCUCCUACGUGGACGAGGUGGCACAGAUGCGCGACGGCAUCCUCCUGGCCGGCUCUCCUCCUCCGUGCCUGGACAGCUCCACCUCCUCCAGGGACACCUACAAGCCGGCAGGCAAGAACACCCUGGUGAAGCCUCCUUACUCCUACAUCGCCUUAAUCACCAUGGCCAUCCUGCAGAGUCCAAAAAAGAGGCUGACUCUGAGCGAGAUCUGCGACUUCAUCAGCAACCGCUUCCCCUACUACCGGGAGAAGUUCCCGGCCUGGCAGAACUCCAUCAGACACAACUUGUCGCUCAAUGACUGCUUCGUGAAGAUCCCGAGGGAGCCUGGGAACCCUGGGAAGGGCAACUACUGGACCUUGGACCCGGAGUCGGCUGAUAUGUUCGACAACGGGAGCUUUCUGAGGCGGAGGAAGCGCUUCAAGAGGCAGCAGGCGCAGGACUUGCUGCGGGAGCACAACAGUUUUCUCCCCGCCGCCGCUGCUGCGUAUGGCUACGGACCGUACGGCUGCGGAGGAUAUGGCAUCCAGCUCCAGUCCUACCACACACACUCUGCACUUUUUGCGUUUCAGCAGCAGCAGCAGCAACAGCAGCACUCCAGGCACACUGGAACCAUUAUCCCCGCACCGUCUUUGAUGCCCACCACCACGGACUUAGCCAGGAGUAGGUUUUACCCGCAGCUCAGCUCCAGUUUGGGUUCAGCCAGCGUGCAGGCUGCAGCCCCGGUGCAGAAGUCCAGCUCUCCGGUGCAGCGGUCCCCUUUCUCCAUAGAGAGUAUCAUCGGAGGGUCCCUGAGCCCCUCCAGGACUUCCCCGGCUGUUAUCCCGGUCUUACCGUCCUCUUUGGGGCCUGCAGCGGCCACUCAGGCGCAGAGCGUGCACCCCGGAGCUGUUUUACACCCGGUAUAAAACUUUCCAAACAGAGCUGCGAGCGCCUGUUAAAUGUCUUAAACUUUCACAAGAAACUCAAAAAAAUAAAGAGACACAGCAACAAAAACAAAAAACGCCCCUCUUUGAAGGUAGGAUUAUUUUUGUAUGUUUGUUUGAUAGCACGCAGCUGAAUGACGGACAUAAGAGAAAAAAAAAGAAAACACGAUUUGUGCCUAUAUUCAUGCUGUUUAAAAAGAUAUAUUUAUGUUCAUUUUUUUCGGUGUGAAUCAAGACUGUUGAAACUUUUUUUCCUUGUAUUUCAUGAAGUAAUUUCAGUCACUGUUUUUUAGGGCGUCUCAGGACUUAUAAUGGACAGGUUAUAAAUGAUCACGUUUGGAAAAUAGGCUAAUAAUAAUGUAUUUGUGUCAAACACAUCCAUGUUUUUUUCUAUUAGUUUGGCAAAUCAAAACUUUUUUUAUGGUUUUGAUUUUGUAUUAAAAAAACGAACACAGAGAGCCAAGUCAUACAUUUAUAAUAAUAAUAAUAUGCAGUGUGUGUUUAUUUCAGUAAUAAAACAUUGUACAUUUUUUG